GCUUCCGCAUCCCAGCCAUGGCGCACGGCGACUCCCCGCGGCCGGACGCGGCCUCCCCGGCGCAGCCCGUGGGCGAGCCGCUGGUGGGGCUGUGGCCGGCGCUGCUGGUGGGGCUGGUGGCCGCGCUCCUGGCCUGGCUCUGGUACGGCCGGGGCGGGGAGGAGCCGCCCGCGGGUGCCGGGACGCGGGGAAGCAGCAGCAGCAGCGGGGCCGCCUGCCAGGAGCCGCCUGCGGGCGCCGAGUACUGCGGAGCUGCGCCCCAAGCACCAGAGCCUCUCCUGGAAAACAGUGAGUGUACCCUGUUGGAAACCACUGCCAGUGUCCUGUCCAGCCCUCCAGAGCCUGGCAACUACCUGGCAACAGAGACUCUGGCAACUACCCCAAGAGAAGAUGUCCCAUCUCUUAGUGGUGGUGAUGUUCCUGGAGAAUCUCGUGAAAUGGAGUCACCGGUCAAAGAACCCGCCACCCCACUAAUGAAUUACUGUGAAUACUUAAGCAAUGAAACCCUUGGUUCCUCUACAGCAGAAUCAGAACUAUUAAAGGGACAGGAGAGUGAGGCACAGUGUGGGGAUGCUUUGGCAGAAGCAUCACCGUCUAGUGACGUGCAUGAGGACAAAAGUGAAGAACAGUCACCCCCAACACUAGAAUUAGAAUUGGGGCCCAACCUUGAGUAUCAGGACGUGGUUGACCAUGAGGAAUGGGAAGUUGUUCCUGAAGACUCAGCCUGGGGAGAUGCUGUUAAAAACAGUAGUGCAGAUGACUCCGACACCAGUGUGGGCCAAGGCAACAAGGAAUUGGAACAGGUAGACUUCCUUGAGGCUGAUUCAAAAGCAAAGCGGGUUGCCGCUGUGCCCCCAAUGCCUCAGAAUAUCCACGUGAACUUCCGUGUGCACUACAUCACUCACAUUGAUGCUCAGCUGAUUGCUGUCACAGGUGACCAUGAGUGUCUUGGUCAGUGGCACAACUACGUACCACUCAAGUGUGACAAGGAUGGGUUCUGGUCUGACACUGUUAUCUUACCAGCAGAUUCCAAAAUAGAGUGGAAGUUCAUUUUGGUGGAGAAUGGGAAGGUCACACGUUGGGAAGAAUGUAACAACAGAACCUUAAUGACGGAACAUGAAGAUAGAACGGCCCAUCAGUGGUGGGGAUAUCAUUGAACAGGAUCUCAGUGGAAGCUACUGACCCAGCAAAGAAAAUGCUUAGACGAAGCAUGGGGGCCUCUAAUUUUAUUCCAGUUUCCAGCAGAAUCUUCUUGGAUAGUAGACCUUAAUGUACAUCAUAUACCAAUCCCUGCUAGAACUGUCUGAUCCACCAAUCUCUCCUCUGCUAGGGUUAGCUAUGGCUCUAGGAAGGGAUCCUCCAUGUGAGGAGACUCCUCAGUUGAAGUCAAACCAAAAUCUGCCUAACGAUAUCCAGGCAGAUAGGAAAGCAAGAGCAGCACUUCAGACAGCUCCUUGUGUGACGUUAAAUCUUGACGCUAAAUUUGACUUUGUAUGAGUGGGGCAGUGGGAUGAAUUUUUUUGUACGACUGGCUUAAGGUUUAAGAGCGGACUGAAUGCAAGAGGAGGUGUAGCUAUCCACACUGCACUUGAGGCUUGCUAUAAAAAGUUUUUAAUUUAUUGUACUGUACAAUUAAGCAAUAAACGUAAUAUAUUUUCAGA